AUGAAUGCUGAGAGUUGCGUGUCGUUCUGCGAUCCGUCGGCUGCUACCAUGGAUUCCUUCUACAACGCCGCCUCGCAAGGCAGCGUCGACGGCUCCUCGCCUUUUAGGGUAUUUCCCGGCAGCAGCGACAAAUUCAGCUCUGCUUUCCUGGCCAGCAAAGGACAAAGCUUUGGAGACAGCGGCGGGGGCGGCGGUGGUAGCAGCGGCAGCAGCAACAACAGCCCCAAGCGCCGGAGUCGCUACAGCCAGCCGGAAUGUCCGUCUCUGGACGGCAGCGGCGCGCAGCAGCCACAAGCGCUCCCGACCGCCGCCGCCGCCUCUUCCACCACCAACACCGCCGCCGCCUUUAACAAGUACCACUUGCAGCCGCCGCCGCCGCUCUACGGGCAGCGCGGCUCUUGCAAAAGCCCCCCGAGCGGCAACCUCAAGCUGCAGGACACCAGCGGCCACAACGGAGCCCUGCAGCUUUCUUGCUUCGCUAAAGAAAGUUCCCUGGGAGAGACUGAACUACAGCCAGGAUCUGAUUCUGCUGGAAUGGAUAGUAGUUACCUCAGCGUGAAAGAGACCAGUGUGAAGACGUCCCAAGAGAGGGCAAGUAAUGAUCUUCCCAGCCCAAUGGACAAGACUGAUUCAGAGAGCAACAAGGGCAAGAAGAGACGGAACCGCACCACCUUCACCAGCUACCAGUUGGAAGAGCUGGAAAAGGUCUUUCAGAAGACCCAUUAUCCAGAUGUCUAUGCCAGAGAGCAAUUAGCCAUGAGGACGGAUCUCACUGAAGCCCGAGUACAGAUACAGAAUCCGUCCUGGAUUGGCAACAACGGUGCCGCCUCUCCUGUGCCUGCCUGCGUAGUGCCCUGUGACUCGGUGCCUUCCUGCAUGUCUCCCCAUGCUCAUCCCCAUACCACCGGAGGAGUCUCUGAAUUCCUGAGCGUCUCGGGUCCCGGCAGCCACGUGGGGCAGACGCACAUGGGCAGCCUCUUUGGCAGCGCCGGCAUCAGCCCCAGCAUCAAUGGCUAUGAGUUGAACGGCGAGCCGGACCGCAAGUCUUCCAGCAUUGCAGCCCUGCGGAUGAAAGCCAAGGAGCACAGUGCUGCCAUAUCGUGGGCAACAUGA